UCACCUGACUGCGCGUCAUGCGAGUCUCGGAUGUAUGCCACGACGCCGCUUGUGAAGUGAACCCUUCUUGAUACAGGCGUUUAUAUGAGCUUGUUGAGCGGGACGUCAUGAUUGAGUCUUCCAACAGAAUUCUGUCAGGAUAUUGCAUCGAACAUGCACCAUCUGCCAUGUACUACAUUCCUAACUUCAUCACCGGUGAGGAAGAAGCUGCGAUAAUGAGGAGUAUACCGCCAACCCGCUGGGUGAGCCUUUCAAACAGACGCCUGCAGGCCCUUCCCGCCCGCUUGACGGCCACGAAUACUCUGGUUGCUUCCACGCCGUUACCAGCGUGGCUGACAGAGCCGGUUGUUGGGCGAAUACAUGACCUUGGUGUGUUUGCAGAUGCUCCACAUGGCAUCAACCACUGCCUCAUCAACGAGUAUCUGCCGGGCCAAGGGAUCAUGCCCCACGAGGACGGACCGGCAUACCAUCCCGUCACGGCGACUGUGAGUCUUGGCGGUACGACUGUUCUGAGCGUGACCGACAAAAGACACGGAGAGGGUGCAGAACCAAAUGGUUCCGGAGAAGUCGCAAACCCAGAGCCGAAGACGUAUCGCUUUAUUCAGGAGCCACGCUCACUACUGCUGAUUACUGGAGCCGCGUAUAGAGACACUCUUCACGGCAUCGCGGACGUAACGGAGGAUGUCGAUCUUAGGACAGAAACUGUGGCAAACUGGAAGCUGCUGGGUGACAAGAGCGCCAUCGCUACGGGCGGCGGCCGCAGUGAGCGCAGGACCAGGAUCAGUCUGACAUUCCGCGACGUGAAGAAAGUCUCUUCAAUCGGUUCGAAGAUCUUCGGCAAGGCGAAGGGAUGAACAC